UGCUUUCAACCCUCCAGUCGAGGCUUCCUCUCCAAAGUCUCUAGUUUUCUUCCAAAUGCCGGGAUGUGUUUGGGAGGCCAAGGCCUGGUUUUCUUUUCGUUUAUUUGUUGUCGUGUUGCGCGUGUCUGUGUUUUUUCCUUUGACUUCGCAGAGCGCAGCCUGUUGGGUUUAUUGUUCCUCCUCUUGCCUUGAUUUAGAGUGGAGUUGAGGAGCCCGGGUCGUGGGGUUUUGUGAGGGUGACUUUGUGCUAAGGACAUCUGGAGGAAUAAAACUGACUGACACUUCUGAUUUGAGCUUCACUGAGCUGUUCUGGACCCAACUUGACAAUUUUGGUGGGGGUGAAUGGGUCAGAGCUGUAAAUCUUGCUCCAUGUUGUCGACACCCACACAAGUUCACUCAGCCUUUCAAAGGGGCUAUCCUGGCUCCUGUGAAAAUUCAUUAAGGGAUAAAAGAUUUGACACUGCGGGUCCCCUCCUACCGCCACAUGAAAUUUGAGAGCCAAAAUGUGUCUGCGUGUGUGUCCCAGUGCCUUUUCUGACAGGUGAUCCUUUUUGCAGCCCGGCUGGAGGGCUGCUGCUUUGACCAGGCAACCCAGAGGUGUCAGUGCGUGUCUUCCCAUUGAUUCCUGUAGGCUUAGGAGCAAGCCCGGCUUGCCCCGCAGAGCACCAGAGCAAAAGCAUUUCUGUACUUUUCUUUUUUUAAGUAAAGCAAACACAGCAGGUGAGGUCUUAUUUUUAGAGAGACCGAGGAGUUGGUGUGUUUCCAGCAGUGCAUACGAGCACUGUAAGUGGCCCACCCUCUCCCCAUUCGUGUCCUGGGACUGACCUCCCCAAUCCUCCUUUGGCUUGUCUUUGCUUUUAAAGGCUGCCGUGUGCCUUUACGGGGUGAAGAGAUACUGGCUUCCCUAAACGUGUUUGCGUGAGGGGUCAGGAGAGGUGGGGGCCACCAGGGGAAGAAAUCUGCCUUAGCGUGUCAGCCUGGCUCAGAAAGGGUUAAAGCUGCUCUGCCAAGACAUAAAGCAAGUUCAACGUGUUGUGGGAAUAUCACUUGCCAGUAGACUCCAGUCACCACAAUUUCUGAUUUAACAGCUUAACUUGCUGUUAACUUUCCCUGAUACACUCCAGGUUUUGGAUGGGAAUGCAGAAAGGAGAGAGGAACAAUAAAGAAAGGAGUUAAGUGAGGCUACUAAAAUGGACUUAAAUCCCUUCCCUGGGUCCUGCCAGCUGUCUUUAGAAGAGUUAAGCAAGAUUGCAUUUCCUUUUUUUUAUGCAAUAAAUCAAAUGUUUCUGGGCUGCAUACCAAAAUUUGUGCAAUACGUUCUUACUCCCCAGUGGGGUGAGUAAAUGGUACUGAAUACCCCAUUCACCUUUUUCAGCUUGAUUUUUCCACAGCUCCGGGAGUCCCUGCUGCAGCCCCGGUACCCGCGGGGCGCAGGCGGCGCUCCCCUGCCCGCCCCGGCCCCCGUCCCGCCGGCGGAGGGGACAGGAGUCCCUCCUGUGCUCGCAGGACGGGAGGCAGAAAGGUGACCCCCGGCGCGGGACGGAGUGGGCUGCUGAUGGGGACGAGCAGUGAAGACAAAAAAGCGAGGGCUAAAAAUAGCAGCAGCAUUGCCAACCUCAGCCAUAUAAAUGUCAUGCGAGCCAGGUGCCAGUAAUCAGGAGGGGUUUUUUUAUUUUUUUCCAAGCACGAGCUAAACAGCAAAACCCCUGCUCCUGGGUCUGUUUUGUUGGGCUGACGGCUCGAUGAUCGAAAGUUUUGUGUUUUGAAGCUUGCUCCUUCCAAGCUGUGCGUUGGAAAUCUCAUCCUCUCUCUUUUAGAUGAAAAGGGAGGCUCUUCUGCAGCGCAGCGCUCGGUGGCUCCUCUCCCUGUGGGUACCACUGGGCGCCUCAUCCCAGUCACUCUGCCCAAGAGGCAGCCCCGGGGUGGUUUUUGGCUGCCAAGGCACCUGCCUCUCCCCGCCAGCCUCUGCUGGCCCUUUGCAACUUGGCACCUCAGGGCGUUGUGGCCCUGCGCCCUGUGUGAGGUUGCCCGUGGACUGGUGUGGUGCUCGCUCGGCACGUGGGAGGUUGGCGCAGGUCCUUCAGCGAUCGAGUCAGCUCCCUGCUCUCCUGGGGCUGCCCUCUGAGAGGUGUAACGCAGAGGGACCAUCAGCAUCUCUGGCGGGCAGUCAUCGGUGUAGCAGGACAUCAGUCUGCCCGCUGUAUUUUGGAGGGGUGGAGGGUGGUGGAGGCUAGGAUGCACAAACUGGGGUUUUCUCCUCCUGCACACGCCGCUGGGUUUGGGUUGAUGACUUUUUGCUGUGCUCCCUUUUAAACGCUGCACUGCUCCACAAAGAAGUGAGAUAUUUUUUUUUUUCUUUUUGCUGUCCAAAUCCAAAUUUUGCAGACUGGGCCAUCUGUCAAUUCCCUCCUACGUUGUUCUGUUCAUAUUAAAUUGUAAUGAAGGCCAGACUGAAGAAGGAAUUAGGUCAGACAGGAGGUUUAGUCUCUGUUUUUGGGGAGACGUUUGUUGCCCAAGAGAGGCACAGUGGUUUGGUUGGCUCAGCACAAGCCUGGAUGCAAGGGAUGCCUGAGCUGUCCUCCGAGAUUUGGCAACAGGACCUUGUAGCACAUUGUGGCCUCUUGGCCCGUGACUCCCCAGCAGCUGGACAGAAGUUGUCGAUCCAACUGAAUGCAGCAAAUCCUGAAAAAACCUUUCAUGGCCUCAGGCAGGAGGGUGGCUCCGCUGCAGACUUGCCCUCGGGCUCGCUCCUGCCACACCACAGCUGCACCAAGGGGACCUUUUCUGUUGGCAUGUCCCUGCUGGCUGUGGGCUGCUGAGAAGUUUUUGGUGGCCCCUGGCCACGGGUGCAGCAGCCUGUGCUGUGUUGGGGAACGCUCAGGAGUCCCAAGGCAGCCAGGAGCAUCCCAUGCACAGCAGCUCAUGGCUGAGCUGGCUUCCACAGCAGCCUGGCAAGGAGAGGCCAGCAUCGUGCUCCAAUGGCUUGUCUGAGCCUCUCCUGUGCCCAGAAGGCUGCUCUCAUGGGCGAUUCCUGGGAUGGUACAGGGCAUCUGUGCAUCCAAGAAAUUCCUCUUGCAUCACCUUCUUGCAUGCUGAGUGGGGUCUGAGUCCUUGUUAGGGGGAAUCUGGUGCUCACCUGGCAUGCCUCAUGCAGCUGUUCCCACUACCCCCAGUUUAAAAAAAAGCAUCCUGAAGCGUUUGAGCUGUCUGCGGGCACGUAAGGAGGAAUGGCAGGCGGCAUGGCUGAUUGAACCCGCUUUGGCAAGAAUGAACUUUUGGGUGUAGCCUCUCUCCUAGUGGACACAGGACCCUGUACCUUAGGAAAGCAGCCCGCUUACCUCUCACUGGCUUACACCCGUUACCUCUCACGCCAGAGACACUUUCUAAUAAAAACGGAAGGGUUUUCCAGCCAUUGGUGUGGAAAUUUACUCCUGUCCCAUAGCUGAGGGCUCUGUGCCUGUCCUAAUGCUUGGAGUAGAAACCAAAAGCAGUGCUGUCCCACGCUUCAGUGCAGAGUGAAUGCUCAGAGGGAUUCAUAGGGCUUUAACUCACGAUGCUGAAGAGGAUUUGGUCAUGACAACUGAAGCUGUGUGCAAGCCGUGCAGCUGACAUGGUGCUUGCACCGGGCCACGGGCUGUGGGUACCCAGCCAUGCUGUGACACCCUGUUUUGGGAAGCAGUGCCUGCUCUGGCAGCUGCACCAUGAGCUCUUCUGCAUGGGUGCUGCUCAUCCCUGAUAAAGAGAAGUGAGAGGAGGGAAAGAUCAAUUGAUGUGCUGUGCUGGUGAUGGCCCCCCCAGGAGCCUGUCUCACCUUUGGGUGAAGCCUGGGGGCUUUUCCUCUGCUGGGUCUGUAGGGCCAAAGUGUGAGGGAGGGGCUUACAGGGUUGGGUUGCAGCUCCAUCAAGCUGGAGAGAAAAUGCAGCACCAGGUAGUAAAUAAAGAUUCUUUUUACUUUGCUGCCUGGUUUCUCAUUACAUGGAGGGAGCGGACAGACGGCAAGGUGACAGUGGUGCAAAGGGCUGGUGGCUGAUGCAGGAGAAAAGGGGGACUUCAUGACAUCACACACCUCCACGUCAGCCCUGGAUGACACCAUUUAGACCCUGCCUGUCCUCAGGGGAGCUUCCUGGCUGGAGUUACGGGGUGAGUGGGCACCCUACAAGAGACCGCAGUGGAGGCAGGAGGGCUGCCAGGGGCCACCUUGUGUGGGUUGUGCAGGAGCAGGUCUUUUCUGAGCAUCGCAAGUUUUUUUCCACAGAAGGUAUCAGGUCUCCCCAGCAUCAGAUAUCGCCCCGCCAACAAAACCUCACUCUCCCCUUGCUUCAGAGCAUCUCAUCCCUUUCUUUGCACUGGAUGUGGAGGAAAAAUGCGUUAGUCACCCCUGCAACUGAGGAAGCUCCUUCUGGGGGGACCGGCUGUAGUUUGUGGGAGGCCAGUGCGCAGGCUGCUCGUUAGCCACAGCGCUUGCAGCCAGUGUGAGCCUAAUUGGGGACGGGGGAUUAUUUGGGUGCCCUCAAGUCCCACAUCAGCAGCUUCGGUGGCGGCACUGGUUGGUGUGCGUCUGCUGCUCUGGCAAUGAGCUGCCGGUGCUACCUGCACCCCAGAGACACCAGCAAUCAGGAUUUGCACGUAAAAAAAUAGGGAAAAAGAAAGAAAAAAGGUGAAGGAGCAGGAUCAUUACUGUCUUUCUGUCUUGUCAGUUGGAGAUCCGGCUGCUGAUGCUGUAGCACCAGGGGCAUGACUCAAGCAGCGCAGGUGAUGCUGCAGUCACGCUGAGGGGGCCCAGUAAAUACCUGUUGGCCACUCGAUAAAAAAAAUCAAAGUGAAAGAGUGUUAGUGGCAAAACACUGCAGCUUGGCAAUGUGGUGCAAUCACAGCCUGGUGCUGUCCCUCUCUGUGGCACCAUCCAUGGUGCCAUAGACCAAAGCCCCCAGGGUGGGAUGAAAGGAGACUGGUGCUACUGGAAAAGCUGGUCCUGAUCCCAUUGUAUGCCGGUUUGAGCCUGGUUUGUUCCCAGUGCUGCUGCCUCUCUUUUCCUGAGCUCUGGAGAGCUUUUGCCAGCCUUGCUGGUCUCUGCCAGGACAGGCUGAGUUAUAUGAUGGACAUCAAAGCUUGUGUGUGGGGGGUUGCCCCCCUCAGCCCACCCAGACCUUGCUGCCUCCAUUUUGGCUUUUCUUGCUGCUGAUCCCUGUCCUCCUGCCACUCAGACGAACUCACGACUUGUAAGCACAGCACAUUUCUAGCAGUGACAAUCUGAGCUACGUGCUAGUAAAAAAUUGGUAGCAAGGGUGGCUUUAUUGCUGGCAGGACCGUAGCAGGGCCCCGGGGGAGCUGGGCUAAUUUCCUGGCUGUGCUGCAGACUUCCCCUGUGACCUUGGGCAAGUCAUUUAAUCUAUCCUGGGCUUCGGCUCCAUCUCCGAGCAUCCCGGGGGGGUGAGGUAAUAUUCAUUAACUGAUAUUAUUCUAGAGUUGCUCAGAUGCUAUAGUGAUGAGGGCUGGAUGUGAAACCCAGCGUCUUGGCUGAGUGUUAGUGGGGAGAGGGGAUGCUCUGCUUGUGAUUCAGCAUUGCCCAUGCCAGCUACUGUUUUCCCACACUUCUCCUCAUUUUGAGCUGAUCUGUCUGGCCACCAUUGUUAUUUGGCUGUGUGUAUACAGUGAUGCUAAUCACUGAGGGACUCGAAUGCUUUGAACCAUUCACGGAUGUUGCUUCAUGCAGUGAUGCAACAGCACCCUCGCUUUACACCUGCAGAAGCUGAGAUGGAGGUAAAGAUGUUUGCUGGAGCAGAGUCAGAGGAAAUCUUUGGGUUAGUUAGCAAAUAUCCAGGGAGUUUCUUUUUUAAUCCUCGGUGCUGGCUGAUACCCCCUCGGCCUUUCUUGGUGAUGCCUCAGGCGUGUUUCCCGUGGGACCGCUCCGCUCCUGAGGGAUGUCUUCUCGGUCCCAGCUCUCGUCAGCAAACAUGGCUUGUGCAAUCAGCCCCUUGAUUGCCCGAGCCUCGGCCGUGCGGGUCUCUCACACGCUGGGGGUGAAGGCCACUGCUCCCUGGCAAAACCCAGCUUUCCUCAAAAGCAGCUCUAGGACAGGUUGGAACUUCAUUUCUGCUGUGGGGGAACACGCGUUCAGGUGCAGAGGAUGUGUGCGGCGAGGCGGAUGCUGCUGCUGCUCCUGGCUUUCCUGGCCUACGCCUUGGAUUCGGCCGCGGCGUACGGCACGGCGGAGACCCUCUGCGGCGGGGAGCUGGUGGACACGCUGCAAUUCGUCUGCGGGGACAGGGGCUUCUACUUCAGUAGACCGGUGGGACGAAAUAACCGGCGGAUCAACCGAGGGAUCGUGGAGGAGUGCUGCUUUCGGAGCUGCGACCUGGCUCUGCUGGAAACCUACUGCGCCAAGUCUGUCAAGUCCGAGCGCGACCUCUCUGCCACCUCCCUGGCGGGCCUGCCGGCGCUCAGCAAGGAGAGCUUCCAGAAGCCCUCACACACCAAGUACUCCAAGUAUGAAGUGUGGCAGAAGAAGAGCUCCCAGCGGCUGCAGCGGGAGGUGCCCGGCAUCCUGCGAGCUCGCCGGUACCGGUGGCAGGCCGAGGGGCUGCAAGCGGCUGAGGAAGCCAAGGCGCUGCACCGUCCCCUCAUCUCCCUGCCCAGCCAGAGGCCCCCGGCAGCACGAGCCUCCCCCGAAACGGCCGGCCCCCAGAAAUGAACCCUGACCGGCCAUCUCGAUUUUUGAUCUCCCGGGGGAGGGCGGGAGGACUGGCGAGACCUGGCCCCCGAGCCCCUCCGUCCCCGGGGCCGUUGAGCCGAGGAGCGGGGCGGCCGGGGCACCCUCACGCCGCUCCGGCCCCAACCAAACAACUGACACAGCAAGGAGGGGAUGGCGGCGAGCAGCGCCGCUCCUGCGGCAUCGUCCUUUCGGGGGG